GAUGGGCGGGGCGAAGGGCCCUGAUAUAUAAGCUGGUCCAGCCGCGCGGGGUCUCCAAUCUGCCAUUUUCUGUCCCCGUGUAAGUGUCUGGCUUCCCAAAUUCCCUGUUUUCUCACAGGCUGUAUUUCGUCUGCUGGACCACCACCUCAGGGGAACGAUGGACGCAGAGUCCACAGCCACUGCCGCCAUCGCUGCGGAGCGGGUUUCUGCCGACAAAAUUGAAGAAGAUGCUCCUGCUCCUUCUACCUCUACAGAUAAAGUGGAGAGCCUGGAUGUGGAUAGUGAAGCUAAGAAGCUAUUGGGUUUAGGACAGAAACAUCUGGUGAUGGGGGAUAUUCCAGCAGCUGUCAAUGCAUUCCAGGAAGCAUCUAGUCUUUUAGGUAAGAAAUAUGGAGAGACGGCCAAUGAGUGUGGAGAAGCUUUCUUUUUUUAUGGGAAAUCACUUCUGGAGUUGGCAAGAAUGGAGAAUGGUGUUUUGGGAAAUGCCCUGGAAGGUGUGCAUGUAGAAGAGGAGGAAGGAGAAAAAACAGAAGAAGAAUCUCUGGUAGAAAAUAAUGAUAACAUAGAUGAGGAAGCAAGGGAAGAGUUGAGAGAACAGGUUUAUGACGCCAUGGGAGAAAAAGCAGCAGCAAAAAAAACAGAAGACAAGUCUUUGGUAAAGCCUGAAAUUGAUAAAGAACAGGAGACUGAAAUGGAGAAGGGUGGAAGAGAAGAUAUGGAUAUAAGUGAGCCAACAGAGAAACUACAAGAAAAAGUUGAAUUGACUCAAGAUCACUUAACUGAAACCACUGAAGAGGCAGAAGCAGCAGCAGCACCAGAAAGACUGAUUGAAGCUGAGGUCAUUUCUGGGAAGCCAGAAGAUGAAGCACCAGAUGCUGAGGAAGGAAAAUCAGUUUCUGUAACUGACAUCCAAGAAGAGUACAGAGAAAAAGGAGAUCAGGAGAAGCAGGAAGAAGUAAUUGUGAGCAUAGAGGAGAAGCCAAAAGAAGCUUCAGGAGAGCAGCCUACUGUGACUCUAGAAAAGCAGGGCACUGCAGUGGAGGUAGAAGCAGAGCCUAUAGAUUCAACAGUCAAGCCAGUGGAUGUGGGUGGAGAUGAGUCAAAGGAGCAGGUAGCUGCCUCUGAAAAUGACCCAGGAAAAGCUGUUGUUGAGCAGCUGGUAGGGCAAGAAGUGCCUCCUGUUGAAGAGUCACCAGAGGUGACAACAGAGGCUGCAGGAGAUGGAUCACAAGUCUCUGAGAAGCCUGGGCAAGAAGCCACAGUUCUCCCUAAGGAUGGUACAGUCAAUGGACUGUCAGCUGCAGGAGAUCAGACUCCUAUUGAACCAGAGACUAAUGCAGAAGGAUUAACAGAAAGAAAAGAUGGCUCAGGACUAGAAGAGAAGGUCAGGGCAGACUUGGUUCCUAAACAGGAGGAGACUAAGCUGUUUGUAGAAGAGUCUGGGGCAGCUGGAAAUGGGUUUGAGACCAAGAUAGCCCAGGGGGCUACUGAGAAAUCCCCUGAAGACAAAGUUAAGAUAGCUGCUAAUGAAGAAACACAAGAGAGAGAAGAACAGAUGAAAGAGGGUGAAGAAACCGAGGGCUCGGAAGAAGAAGAUAAAGACAAUGACAAGGCUGAAGAAGCACCGAGUGAUUCAGUUCUUGAAAACAAGUCUCUUCAAGAAAAUGAAGAGGAGGAGAUUGGGAACCUAGAGCUUGCCUGGGAUAUGCUGGACUUAGCAAAGAUCAUUUUUAAAAGGCAAGAAACAAAAGAAGCUCAGCUUUAUGCUGCACAGGCACAUCUUAAACUUGGAGAAGUUAGUGUUGAAUCUGAGAAUUAUGUCCAAGCUGUGGAGGAGUUUCAGGCUUGCCUAAACCUGCAAGAGCAGUACCUGGAAGCCCAUGACCGUCUCCUUGCAGAGACCCACUACCAGCUGGGCUUGGCCUAUGGGUACAACUCUCAGUAUGAUGAGGCAGUGGCACAGUUCAGCAAAUCUAUUGAAGUCAUUGAGAAGAGAAUGGCUGUACUAAAUGAACAGAUGAAAGAAGCUGAAGGAUCACCUACUGAAUAUGAGAAAGAAAUUGAGGAGCUGAAGGAACUGCUACCUGAAAUUAGAGAGAAGAUAGAAGAUGCGAAGGAGUCCCAGCGCAGUGGGAAUGUGGCUGAAUUGGCUCUAAAAGCAACUCUGGUAGAGAGCGCUACUUCAGGUUUCACUCCAAGUGUAGGAGGCUCUUCAGUCUCCAUGAUUGCCAGUAGAAAGUCAACAGAUGGUGCUUCCUCAUCAAAUUGUGUGACUGAUAUUUCCCACCUUGUCAGAAAGAAGAGGAAACCAGAGGAAGAGAGUCCCCGGAAAGAAGAUGCAAAGAAAGCCAAACAAGAGCCGGAGGUGAAUGGAGGCAGUGGGGAUGCAGUCUCCAGUGGAAAUGAAGUUUUGGAAAACAUGGAAGAGGAGGCUGAGAAUCAGGCUGAAAGUCGGGCGACAGUGGAGGGGACAGUGGAGGCUGGAGCUACAGUUGAAAGCACUGCAUGUUAAGAGGGAACAGAGCCUUCCUCCCAAGGGAAAGUGUUUUUGUAUAUAAUGUAUUUUUUCACUUUUGGGGGAUUCUUUUUGUAUAACUUCAAUAAAGAUUGUAUGCAAAGGUUGAGGCUUUGAUGGUUUUUUUCUUAGAUAUUGGCUGAAUCUGUGCCUUGGAGCACUUUGGUUUUAUAUAGUCGCCAAAGGUACUUUCCCCCCCUUUCUGUACUGAUUCUGUUGAAAGUUCUAAUCCAAAUUCUUGUCUGUUUAAUGUGAAGGUGAUCAAAGCAAGUGUGGCUGCUGGCCUAAUGGUGCUAUAUUUUUUCCGUUCUAAAUAUUUUCCUGAAUCCAGCUGUCUUGCAAACUUUUAGUGGUGCUGUCCCUGGAUGGGGGCCUACAUAAAUAAGACUUGGUGAAGAUCCUUGCUCUUUGGUGCUGAUACUCUGUAAUGGGCUCUGUGAGCUGCUAACAGCCUCUAAGCCAGGCCUUGGGUGGUACCUUUUAUUCCCCUACUCCAACUAUGGCUAUAAUCCUGUCUUGGAAAAAAACCUCAGAAAACCUGGGGGAGUUCCGGUCCUUGAGGAAAACUGGUGCUGAUCGUAGAUAAUUUAGCUUUCUUGUCUGAAGUGGCUAAGGGACUGACCAUGAUGAACACUUUGGGGUGUGGUUGGAAGAAUCUGGGGAGGCCAGCUGGUUUAGUUAUAUUUUCUGUACAAAAAGGUUGAACUAUAUCAACACUUGGAAUUGUUACCCAUCUGCAGUUUUGACUUCUCAAAUAAACAUGGUAAAAAAAAAAA